AUGACCCAUUGUGUGCACCUGCUGCAGAACACUCGUCCUCAUAGGGCACCCAUCAAAGUCGCAAAUGGAGUUGUUGUUUAUUCCGAACUUGUGGGGGAGAUAGUACUUAGGCCACUGAUCCAUGGACAUGCCAGGAGCCGGUCUGUGAUCCUCUCCAAUGUGCUCUAUGUCCCUGCUCUGUCACACAAUCUGAUCUCCACUACAUACCUGUCAGUUCACCAUGACUACACUGUGCUUAUGAAGGAAAACUACAUCCUGUUCAAGCGCAAUGGUGAAGUGUACUUUGUGGCAGACAUCUCAGAGCAGGGUCAGGCCUUUGUGAGAGAGACUGGUUUCCCUUCUGCUGGUUCAGCACUGGUCUCUACAGCUGGGACUCUUCCCAUUGACCUCAGCCUGAUGCACAGGCGGCCUGGACACCACAGUGAUACCAAGCUAGUCAUGGAUAAAGAGCUAGUUACUGGUGUGAGGCUUGCCUCUGCUAGGAAGCCAGACCCCACUGGGGGCUCAAGAUCAAGGCAUUCCAGGACGAUAAAGGGGGAGAGUACAUGUCUAAUGAGUUCAGAUCACAUCUGGACAAGUGUGGCAUUGUGCACCGCCAUUCAGUCAGGGCACGGCCUCAGCAGAAUGGGACAGCAGAGCGGUCUAACCGCACCAUUGAUGAGCACUCAACUGCCAUGUUACAUGAAGCCAACCUGCCCCCUGCAUUCAGGGCACUGGCGGUGUCUGCAUACAUCCAUGUGUGCAACAUGCACCCCACAGCUCGAGACCCCACCAGGACUCCCCAUGAGCUGUGGUUCAAGGCAAAGCCUGAUGUGUCUCAUCUGCGUGUUUGGGGAUGCCUUGCCUAUGUGCAUGUGCAAAGAGACAAGAGAGGUCCUUCUGGGCAUCAUGUCCAGAAGUGUAUCUUUGUAG